AAAACCCUAAUGAGGUGCAGCGAGCAAUAUAUAUAUACAUUUCUUAAACCCUUAAAUCCCAAUUUAUUCAUCGCAUUCCAACAUUCUCUUCUUCUCACUCAAACUUUCCCUCUCUGCGCCGUUCCUCUCAAAUGGAUGCACCAAUGGAGUUUUGGGGUGUUGAGGUUAAGGUUGGGCAGACUGUGACGGUUGACCCAAUGGAUCCUGUGGAUUCAUACAUACACAUUUCUCAGGUUGCGCUCGGAGAGGCGAAAAAGGACAAACCUAAUGAACCUGUGGUUCUGUACUUGAAAGUUGGUGAACAGAAGAUUGUUUUGGGAACCCUUUCUAGGGAUGGCAUCCCUCACCUAUCAUUGGAUUUGGUUCUGGACUCCGAUUCUGAGCUUUCCCACACUUCAAAAAGUGCUAGUGUCUUUUUCUGUGGAUACAAAGUUCUAACUGGCAAUGACAAUGCUUCUGACUUUUCUGAUAGUAGUGAAGAGGACGAGGAACUUGCAUUGGAGGGACAAGAUAAUGGAAAACCUGAAUUAAAAGCUGAAGGUGCAAAGGUUACCAAACCUUCUAAAUCUAUUCCCAAGAUUGGUGCACCAGCAAAAACUGCUGAUCCUAAGAAAGACGAGGAUGAUGAUUCCGAUGAUGAAUUGGAUGAUGAUCUUGCUGGUGAAGAUGAAUCUGGAAGUUCCGAUGAGAUGGAUGAUGAUAGCAAUAGUGAAGAGGAGAGUGAUGGAGAUGAUGAAGAGACCCCUGCUAAGAAGGUGGAUCAGGGAAAGAAGAGACCCAAUGAAUCUGCAGCAAAAACUCUUAUUUCUGCCAAGAAAGCUAAAACUGCUACUCCUGAAAAGACUGAUGGUAAGAAAAGUGUACAUGUAGCUACUCCUCAUCCUUCGAAAAAAGGUGGGAAAACUCCCAACAGUACAAAAGGCCCAAAAGGCCAGACUCCCAAUUCUGCUGGACAACUAUCUUGUGCAAGUUGUAAAAAGUCUUUCACCAACGAAGCUGGUCUGCAACAACAUAAGAAGGCUAAGCAUGGUGGUCAGUGAAUAGUGAUGCUGCCAUGUAGUAAUUUUCCCCUGUAUUACAGUGAGUAGGUUCAGAACGUUGGAAAUUUUAUCCUCACUCUUAGGCUAGUAAACGAAGCUUUGAAAUUUUGUUUUGAUGUUUAUGAGUCCCUAUAUAUUGGAACUGCUGCAUUUAUAUCUUGUUAAUCAUUCAAUGCUUAGAAAAUUGUGUUGAUGUUUGGUGCUUUGCUUUGUC